AUACCGUACUACACGUCACCUUGUUUUUAUAAAUUAAAAUCUUGAUUUAUUAUAGAUUUUAUUGAGAAUUGUGCCGAAAAAAUAAUUCAAAAUGGUACUAAUAGCAGCUACGGUGUGUACAAAGUCGGGAAAAGCACUGGUCUCGCGGCAGUUCGUGGAGAUGACCAAGGCCCGUAUUGAGGGCCUGCUGGCCGCUUUCCCCAAGCUGAUGACUGGUGGUCGUCAACACACAUUUGUGGAGACUGAGUCUGUUCGGUAUGUGUACCAGCCGCUGGACAAGCUGUACAUGCUGCUCAUCACCACCAAGGCCAGCAACAUCCUGGAGGAUCUGGAGACGCUGAGGCUGUUCAGCCGUGUGCUCCCAGAAUACUGCACUCAACUGACCGAGACAGAAGUAUUAAAUCAGGCUUUCAACAUUUUAUUCGCCUUUGAUGAAAUCGUCGCUUUAGGAUACAGAGAGAGUGUUAACUUGGCUCAGGUUCGUUCAUGCGUCGAGAUGGACUCGCACGAAGAGAAGAUAUACCAAGCUGUCAGACAGACGCAAGAGCGCGAGGCGGCGAACCGCAUGCGCGAGCGCGCUAAAGAGCUGCAGAGAGAGCGGCUGGAGGCAGCCAAGAGGGGCGUGCCGCGCUCGCAGCCGUCCUUCGGCAGCGGCGGUUUCGGCAGCUCCAGUAUGUCUUCGGUGUCCUCGGCUGAGCCCAUGACUGAGAAGAUCCCCACCACGCCCGUCAGAGACACUCGUCCGGCAGCCCGCUCCGCCAUGAAGCUAGGCGGCCGAGGGGCGGACGCCGACUCGUUCGUGUCGAAGCUCCGCAGCGAGGGCGAGGCGGUCGCCACCCCCGCCGCCGCUGCAGCUCCCGCGCGCGUCAGCACCGUGCCGCAUAACGAUGUACAUCUGCGUUUCGAGGAGCGACUCAAUCUGAUAGCGGGCAGAGAUGGUGACAUACAGAACUUUGAACUAUCAGGCAUGCUGACAUUACACAUAACGAAUGAACAAUACGGCCGUAUUCAAGUACAUGUUGACAACAAGGACCCCCGCCCGCUUCAACUGCAGACCCACCCCAACGUGGACAAGGAAUCUUUCCGCAACGAUGGCGUGAUCAGACUGAAGGCGCCGCGCCCCUUCCCCCGCGGCCAAGACGUGGGGGUGCUAAAGUGGAGGCUAGCUAGCACCGGUGGGACUGCGCCCCUUAACGUGAACUGCUGGCCAUCCGAGGGGGCUAACGGCGGCUGCGACGUCAACAUAGAGUACGAGCUCGAGCACGACCAUCUUACGCUCACCGACGUCAACAUCACCGUGCCGUUGCCUUCCGGCAACACGUCGCUCGUAGUGCACCAGUGGGAGGGUAGUUACGCGCAGAAGGGCCGCGCGCUAGUGUGGAGCAUACCCCUGAUUAACAAACAACAGAAGACUGGCACGCUGGAGUUCACGGUAUCCCCAGCGAUCCCUAACGACUUCUUCCCACUGUCUGUAACAUGGACAUCAACAACAUCACUUGCCAUGCUCACAGCAACAAAGAUCACUCAAGACGAUGGUAGCCCCGUUGACUUCUCAUCCGAGAUCAGUUUCCAUCCAGACAAAUAUGAGAUUGUUUAAAUAUAUACAGAUAUAAUAAUUAGUACCUAGUUUGUUUUAUGUUAAAUAAAUAAAAAAAAAGUUUUUCGUACUGAGCAAUGUACCAUUAUCCAGGUUAAAAAAAAUCAUAGACCACUGACAAUAUUUAAAUUUGGAACUGCAAAUUUCUAGAUAAUUUUGUUUGGAGGUGGCAUUUGUUAUCAAAUUCUAGUAUUAAGAUAUUUUAUUUUAAAG